CCAACACCAACACCAGCACCCAAAAAAACCACAAACUUGGUUUCGUCGUCAUCGUUUUAGCAUUCAAUGCCGUUCUUUAUCUUUUCCUUUCCUUUUUCCUCACUCUCUCUGCGUCUCUCAUGUGACCGCCAUUAAAGCUCGCUCUCGAUAAUGCCUACUCUGCAUUUGGUCCUUUCUUCAUCGCCUUCUCUGCUUCUGGCUCUGCGGACCACACAAUGAGCUUCUGCUGCUGCUGCAUUUGCAAUUUCGUUUGAUCCAAAAGCGAAAGAACGUGUUUUUGUCGUCGUCGUUGUUGUUGAUGAUGGAGAAGAAGAAGUAUCCGAUUGGACCAGAGCACUACACGCUGUAUGAGGAGGUUGGCCAAGGCGUAAGCGCUUCCGUACAUCGUGCGCUCUGUAAGCCCUUGGAUGCGAUCGUCGCCAUCAAAAUCCUCGAUUUCGAACGCGACAAUUGCGAUCUGAACAACAUUUCUCGUGAAGCGCAGACGAUGAUCCUGGUCGACCAUCCUAAUGUCCUCAAAUCUCACUGUUCCUUUGUUAGUGAUCAUAAUCUGUGGGUUGUCAUGCCAUUCAUGUCUGGGGGUUCUUGUCUUCAUAUUUUGAAGGCAGCAUACCCAGAUGGUUUUGAGGAAGUUGUUAUAGCCACCAUAUUACGUGAGAUUUUGAAAGGUUUAGAGUAUCUUCACCAUCAUGGCCACAUUCAUCGAGAUGUGAAAGCUGGGAAUAUUCUCAUUGAUUCACACGGUGCAAUCAAGCUCGGAGAUUUUGGGGUUUCUGCUUGCCUUUUUGAUUCAGGUGAUAGGCAGCGCAUGAGAAACACAUUUGUGGGAACACCUUGCUGGAUGGCACCAGAGGUUAUGGAGCAGUUACAUGGUUAUGAUUUCAAGGCUGAUAUCUGGUCUUUUGGUAUAACUGCACUGGAGCUUGCCCAUGGCCAUGCUCCUUUCUCAAAGUAUCCUCCAAUGAAGGUACUGCUCAUGACAUUGCAGAAUGCACCUCCUGGCCUUGACUAUGAAAGGGAUAGGAAGUUUUCAAAGUCUUUUAAGCAGAUGAUUGCUAGUUGCUUGGUAAAGGAUCCUUCAAAACGGCCUUCUGCAAAGAAGUUGUUGAAGCAUUCCUUCUUCAAACAAGCUCGGUCAAAUGAUUAUAUUGCACGAACACUUCUCGAGGGGCUGCCUGCUCUUGGUGAUCGCAUCAAGGAAUUAAAGAGAAAGGAAGAGUAUAUGCUUGCACAAAAGAAAAUGCCAGAUGGGCAGAAGGAGGAACUAUCACAGAAUGAAUAUAAAAGAGGAAUUAGUGGUUGGAACUUCAAUCUUGACGAUAUGAAGGCUCAAGCUUCCCUGAUCCAGGAUGCUGAUGAACCUGUACCUGAUAACAUUCCGAUGGGGACUUCCAAUUCUCUGUCUGCUCUUGAUGCACAACAAAAGCAAUCACAAUGUCAUAACUUAGAUGCGGUUGCAGACACGGAAGACAAUGAUAUGAUUCGGAACCAACAAGCUACUCUUCCACUCAUUGACACAACUUUAUAUGAUGCCAAAGUUAGAAGUGACAAAUCCGAUGAUGAUUCUAGCAUUGCUAGUUCUAGCCAUGAACCACAUCUUUCACGAAAUUCUUCACCUCGACAUGAUGAUCGUACUGAAAACAAUUUGGGUGAAAAGCCUAAUGUUGAUAAACUGGAAGCUACGGCUAUGCAUAAAAGGCAAUGCUCAUCAGGCAGCAGUGGUUUAUCAGAAGUUACUGAUCCACUUAUUAAAGGAGAGAGUGAUAAAUUUCCAAGUCAGCCCCAAAGUAAUUUGAAAUGCAAUGCAGCAGUAGUUCCACAACUAGCAGAUGAUACACUUGCUGAGGUUCCUCCUAAAGCAUCUAAAUCACCAGCAAAUAAUGAUGAACUUGAUGAGAAAGCAAAGGUGCCAGUUGUACAGCAGAAAGGACGUUUCAAAGUCACAUCCGAGAAUGUUGACUUAGAGAAGGUGGCCCCGGCUCCUAUACUGCAAAAGAGUCACAGCUUGCAGGUUCGUAGUUCUGAGGUGAUUAGCAUGAGUCCUGCAAGUCCUCUACCAUCAGCUCUUCCAUCACCCUUACCAUCACCUCUAGCAUCACCUUCUGAUGCUACCCCAUCAGCUCUUUGUGGCUUUUCUCUUAUCCCAUUGUUAAACUCUGUUUUGCAGACAAAUAUUAUUCAAAGGGAGAGUAUUUUAAGUUUAAUGAAGCGAGCUACUGCUGCUGAUAUCGCAGCCAACCGUGCAGCUGAUGGAGGAUCCUCCCAGGCUACUAAUGUGACAGAGAAACCAAUGCCUCAAGCAGCUCUUGAGAGGGAAGCCGAGUUACUUAAUGAAAUUAUUGAGUUGUAUAGGAGGCUCAUGUUUGCCCAAGAUGAGCUCCAAAAGUUAAAAGUAGAUACUGCUUAACACUCAGGUGUGAUUCCAUUAUCCAACCGGUGCUCGGACGAUGUAGGCGAAUUCUUCAAAUGCAACAAUACUGACAAUUUGUAAGGAAAAAAAAGGACUGACACAAGAUAAGGGGCUAAUUUUACUUGUUAAGGUGAUGAGAAACUUAUUUUUAUAGCUUUCCAACUAAUCCAACUUCAGCAAUGAUGUUAAUUAUGUUAUGUUUUCAUGCUCUGGUUGUAACUUGUAAAUAUAGAUUUACCUCUGUCUGGCA